UGCAUUUAGCGUAAUUAGUUUUAAUAUCGUUUUAGUUAUCACUGUGAUAGAAACAAUUUGCACUGCAUUAGACUAUUUUUCCGUGUUGAACAUAGGCGAAAUUUUCACCAGGAUCUGCCCUACAGUAGUAAACUUUCCUCGGCCUUGCUCCUGCUGUAAGGUGAUCACAGGGAAACAUUAAUAAGCUUUAUUAAAACGUGAGGAUGGACCAGCAGCGAUUCCGAACCGGAGAACGCAUUAACAAUAUUUCGACAAAUACUUUUCAAAUCUGGGAAACGACUGUCCGUCUAGCUCGCAUUCGUACUUUGAUGGAUCACCUGUGUGCUGCUAACGACGAAAAUGAUGAGCUAAUAUAUUGUCUACGGGAGCCAAAUGAGCCAAUUGAGGAUACUCCGGAGGACACUAGUAACGAUACAGAUCCCGACGAGGAAGACGGUUCCAUCAAUUCUAUUAUUAAAGAUAUUCGAUCCCGGCCACGUACUCGCGGGGCUGUCAAAAUGAUAUUUUACAACCGUUUGGCUAUGAUUUCCGAUAAACUAACGCAGGAUAUUAAAUUCCGAUCGGAAAAUGCAGAAUUUUUCGAUGAUCUAGAGCUAGUGCUGAGCCGGAUGAGCGACGAGGCAGCCGAAAUAACUAAGAGAGAAAUAAUGAAAUAUUUGGCCGAAGCAAAGGAAAGACUAGCAAAAAAAGAUCGAGAGCGGCAGCAGCUAUUGCAACAGCAACAACAGCAAAGUUUCGGCUCGUCGGCUUCAUCUUCGGCGGGCUCUAGCUUAGCGGGUUCGAGUAAUUCUGGUUUUUAAUAUUAGGCCCGUACGACAUAUUAGACAGACAAACAGACUGUAACCCUAAAAUUACUCCAGUAAGUUUCCAUGGUCUUGCUUUGCAGUAGAAGCUGCAGCGUCUAUCGCAAUAUCGAAUGAGACACAAUUAGCUCGGUUAUUAGCGCACGCAAACCAAGUAAUGAACAAACAAAUCUGUACUCUAAAUGUAAUUUGUUUUCCCUUAUCAUCUAUCGUCAAGUUUUUUCUUCUGUACUUGUAUAUGUUCCCCUGUAUUUUGUUUUAUUUAUCAUUGUUUGAAGAAUUUUUCCAUU